AUGGAGGCGGUGCGGGCGCAGCGGCUGCAGCCCGGGGUGGGCGGCGGGCCCCGCGGGGCCCGGCCCGGCCUCACCGGGGCCCCGGCGGGGCUCGGACCGGCAUCGGGAACGGGCUCAGGGCUGGGGCCGGGGCUGGGGCUGCCGCCGCCGCCGCCCCCGCUGGGUCUGCAGGGCCCCCCCGCGCCCCCCGGGACGGGGGCCGGGGCCGUGCCUGGGCCGCCCGCAGUGCUGCGGGAGGCGGUGGAGGCCGUGGUGCGGAGCUUCGCUAAACACACGCAGGGCUACGGCCGCGUGAACGUGGUGGAGGCGCUGCAGGAAUUCUGGCAGAUGAAGCAGUCGCGCGGGGCCGAGCUGCGCAACGGCGCCCUGGUGCUGUACGAGAUGGUCCCGGCCGCCAGCCCCCCGUACGUCUGCUAUGUCACCCUGCCCGGGGGCAGCUGCUUCGGCAGCUUCCAGUUCUGUCCCACGAAGGCUGAGGCGCGCCGAAGUGCUGCCAAGAUCGCGCUGAUGAAUUCCGUGUUCAAUGAGCACCCUUCCCGCCGGAUCACUGAUGACUUCAUUGAGAAGAGUGUCUCUGAGGCCCUGGCAUCCUUCAAUGGUAAUCGAGAAGAGGCAGAUAAUCCCAACACUGGCAUCGGGGCCUUCCGCUUCAUGCUGGAGUCCAACAAGGGAAAAUCCAUGCUGGAGUUCCAGGAGCUGAUGACGGUUUUCCAGCUGUUGCACUGGAACGGGAGCCUGAAGGCCAUGCGGGAGCGUCAGUGCUCACGCCAGGAAGUCCUGGCUCACUAUUCCCACCGUGCUCUGGACGAUGACAUCCGGAACCAGAUGGCCCUGGACUGGGUGAACCGGGAGCAGAGCAUUCCGGGUGCCCUGUCCCGGGAGCUGGCAGCCACAGAGCGGGAGUUGGAUGAGGCCCGGCUGGCCGGGAAGGAGUUGCGAUUCCAUAAGGAGAAGAAGGACAUCCUCCUGCUGGCAGCUGGCCAGCUGGGCUCAGCACACUCCUCUGGCUGCUGAACCCUAGGAUCCCACCUCGGGAUCCUUCCUGGUGCUCCCAACACCCUUUCCUGAAUCCUGGCCCGUUUGCACAUUUGAAAGAAAUUUAGGGAAAAAGCUCCUGAAUGGAUCCUGUUGGAGCUGCUCGUCAGUCUCCUCAUUCCCUAGAGAAUUUCUUAUUCUCUUGAGAACCCCUGAUUUGCUAGGGAACUUUUGUUCGCUGGGAAUUCCUUGUUCCUUACCUAUUUUUUUAUGUCCCUUAUUUUCGGGGCUGAAAUCACAGAUUUUUUCCUCUCCACACUCACAUCGAUACUGGAGCAGGUGGGAUUCCAUGGAAUCCAGUGUUUCCUCUGGAAAAGCCUGUUGGAUCCAAUGCCUGGCACUCCCUCCCUCCUGUAGGCAGAUCCCAGCAGAAAGGGAUCAAUUAAACCUUCUCAAUUAGCUCCUUAAUUAAAUCUGAAUGGAUGCCAACGUAUGCAAUAUCCAAAGGGAUCGGUAACUGCAGUUUGAAAUUAAAUCUGGGAUAAGCCUGCAGCAUUUCAGUCCCAAGAUCUGCAGUUCCCCCUGGAAUUGCCCUGUCUGUAUCCAAACAUCAGCACUGGCGUUGUCAUGGAAGGUUGGAAAAGUCUUGGAGAGUUCGUGAAUGAGGGAGGGAUUUGCACUAAUUUUUCCCUGUGUUUUGUAUCCAUAUCCAUGUGGAAUUCAGACUAUGUUUAGCUUUAGAAACCCCUGUUAUGACAUGGAAUUGUUCAAACAGCUCCAAGUUCACCCCAGAAAAUGUCAGUUUAUCCAUGGAAAUUUCCAUAUUAUUCCCCUUUUCCCCAGCGGACUGGAAAUACAAACUAAAUUCCAAGCCUCCUUUUUCAACCCAGCUUUGAGCUUUUCCCGCUUCUUAUCCCCUUAAACCCUCCAGGUUCCAUUAUUCCCACCCUCCUUCUUCCCUGUGCGUGACCACAGGAUGUUCCAGCAAUAAUCAUUGUUUUAGGAUAAAAUUGGAGUAAUUCCAUUGUCUGUAGGUACCCCAUUUUUAUAUCUGCAUCCAAACGAGCCUAUUUUGGGAGUUUAUAUAUUUUUUAUACUUUCUAUAAACACUAUUAAUGUUUGAUGUAGCUGAAAAUGGGAUUUAAAAUGGAUGGGGGGUUGUGGGGUGUCAUUUUCCUGAAAUGUUAGAAAAAUCUGAUUUAGGAAUAACAUGGAGUUAAUCCCGCAUUUAUUCCCCUGAUUCCACACAUAAGGGGAUCCUUGAAGAUCCUCCCAGCACUUCCAGCAGCUUCUUUAUGCUCCAAUUAAACAGAUCCGGGAGGAUUUUGGCAGUUCCAUCUCUGUGGAGGAAAAUUUUAAAAAAAAAAAAUUAAUAAGAGGAGAAGCUGAAUAUUCCAUUGCUUGUGGGAUUGGGGUGCCAGUUUGGAGGCUCCGGAGCUCCUUGUCGAGGCAGUGGAAUUACGGGGAUCUGGCGGGAUAAACACUGCAGUGGAUUUUAUACAAUAAACCCAGCGAUUUUGGUUAA